GUAAGGUGCAACGUGAACGUUCCUCGAAAAUUCAUUCCAGACAUCGAAGUGGUCAGAGUGGAAUGGUGAACGUACGGGAAGCUGUGGUAAGUAAUGCUGAAAAUUUAAUGUGCUAUAAAAUUUAAUUGGUACUCAUUUCAUUGUUAUAACGUUAUGUAGAAAAAGGAUCUCGAAGUUGCAGAUCCCCCCUACAACCGUGUUUGGAUUAAAUCUCGCACCAAGAGUCGAAAACUUGUCACUGAUUACGACAAGGAAAUUGCAGAGAAGAUAGCUCAAUUAGAGGAGAAGCUUAGUCAGGGACAAAUUCAGGUCCAGGGCCAAAACGAUAUCCUGACGCAGGCGCUCGGGACACCAGAGCAUCCUGGACGUGUCAGGGCUGCUGGGUAUGCUAUUACUUGAAAUGUUAUUUAUUUAGUUACACAAAUAAAAUCGUAGUUAAUUUGCAUUUUAUGAUUUGUAGGUUCCUGACCAAGGCAUCUCAACUGUUCGGCAGGAAGAAAAGGGAAGUGUCUGAUGUUGUGGCUCAGCAAGCGAAGGAGAUUGAAAAAUUAAAAGCCGAAGUCCAAUCCCUUAAGCAGAAGGAAAACGCUGCCGAACAAGAGGAAGAAGGAGAGGUGGCUGGUGAGGCGUAUAUUCCACAACCAUACGCUCCUCAGGAUGAGGUACAACCACAAACUUAUGCUGAGGAGUUUAUUUCCCUCAACGACCAAGGUAUCCUGCACAAUUUCGAUGACCAUGCGGCCCUUAAUCAGCAAGUACAUCUCUGCUCUGACAACAUCGACAACAUUGUGGCCCGAGGGUAUUUGUACGAGCAUGUUGGUAUAAUCCAAGUUCACUGCCAGAACUACGAUGAUUCACAUGCCCGGAUUAUGGUUUCGGAAAUCCUGCAAGAGGACGCUGAAAUCCAAGUCCCAAUUGAAGAGUGCAGAUAUGUUAGGGACGUAUACCAGAUGUUCCUUCCUUGGCCUAAACACUUAAUUCUAACAACUGAGGUAACUUCUCUUAUAAAUUAAUUAUUAAUGAUUAGUGGAGUUUGAAUAUCUUCAAUAUUCAUCCGUAGUGAAGUAGGUUCUGCGAAUAUAUGUGUUGCGAUGGGAUGGAUGAACAAACUACUGUUAUAUAUGUGUUAUUUGUCGUUAUACAGGCAUGUUUAAAAUUUUUGGGGGCAUUCAAUUACAACCGUUAUGCUGCCGAAAUUUCGGUAGAAUUUGGAUAAAAUUUGAUAUAUAUAUUAUUUUCUGUUUUGUUUAGGGUCCACUCGCUCAACCGCCCUCAAGCCGUGAUGCGUCGAAGGGGAAAGCUCCGAUGCUUUCUCCACAAGGCGGUGGUGCACGGGAAGAUGACUUGUUCACGAAAGAGAAGAUGUCGUUGAUCCCUAAUUCGCUAAAAUGGAUGAUUCAUGAAUUCCUGAGGCUCAAAUAUAAACGUGAUAUAAUCACAAUUCCUGUCCCCGGAGGAUUCAUUGCACCGCGUACCCAGAUCAUGUUAUCUGGAGAGGAUUUGCAGCAGGUUGCUACGUGUGACUACAUCGGCAACCAGGGAAUGCUGUUUGGAAUGAUGUAUACUCUUCUUUAAUCUAAUUAACCUUAUAUCAAAUUAUAGUCAAAUUAUUAUAAGACACUAACACUUUUUUUAGCAGGCACAUAUGGGAGAGCAUCAACGGUCUGAGGAAAAUUUUUCAAGUUUUACGACCCAGAGCUUCUCGUAGUGCAUGGGAUCACCGAUGAAGAAAAGAGUCAGUCGUUUGACGAUGCGGCAAGACGAUUGGCUAAUUGGUUAUCAUUAAUGAAUAACAACCACCAAAUAUUUUUUAUUCCUUGGAAUAUCGGGUAAACUUUAUUAAAUUCUUUAGUGCUAAUUGUUCAUUUCUAUAUUAUGACUUCAAAUACUUUUAUACUAUCUUACUUAUAUUCCAAUAUAAUUUUCUAGGAUGCAUUGGACGCUAGUGGUGGUUACGCCAAGGAAAAUUAUUCAUUUAAACCCUGUAAAAGGCUACCCAAUUCCUGAAGAAAUAGAACAAAUGAUCGGAAGGUAAUAAUUUAAUGACUUCUUAUGUAACAAAUUUGAAUCAACUAACGAAUUGAAAUGCUAAUAUAAUUUUCCAAAACAGGGCAUUCAUGUAUAUAGGGAACGCACAUGAGUAUCUUGGCCCGUGGCUAGGAAUUAACCAAGCAAACUGUCCAAGACAACCUAAAAGCCAAGAAUGUGGUUUUUAUGUUUUGAAAUAUAUCACUGACAUCGUCGCACGUGCAAACCCCAGCCGUUACAUACAAGAUCAAAAAGCUGUAAGUGUUAAUUAUUGAUUAUAGUAUAUAUUUAUUAUAAUAACAAAUAUAUAAUACACAUAUAUAUAUAAACUAAUAUAAAUUUUUAAUUUUUAUAACAGUUUGAGGGUAAGAAGCAAUACGAUCCAAAAACGGAAUCGUUACCACUACAGCGAAAUUGGAUAGAACAAUUGAUGGCGCUGAUUCACGUUGACGAUUGAGGUUGAAAGGCCCAAGAAUUUUCCUUCAUUAUGUAAUUUUUAUAGAUUAACUUGUAGUUAGAUUUGUAGUUAGAUUUAUUAACUUAUUAAUAUUU